AUGCAAUCCGGCGGUAAUAGCUCUAGAAGAGAAGAGCUUCUCAAACUUCUACGCACCGGGGACUCUUUGUUACUGUCUCAGACUGACUGCCUGAGGGACCAAGAGUUUAAGAAUGAUAUCCAGAAUGACUUGGAAGCGAAAGCCCGGUUCCUUGCCCAAGCUGCCGAAAAUGUGACCAACCUAUCUUCAGGCCAGGAAAGAUCCCUCCAAGACCUCCAGGAUGCCACUUAUGAUGACCUAAAGCGCUUGGUCAAAGGCUACUCUGAGGCGGCAGCGCGCAUCCCAUACACCCCUGAGCGGUCCGACGCGUACUUGAUGAACUCCUCCAAAAUCGACAUCAUGCUAAGUGAUCAUCUCGUACAGUCUGCACGGCUUAUCAGCGAGACUGAUGCCGAGUUGAUGCGGCUAGAAGAGAAGGUAGAGAGUGAGAAGCACAUAAGUCACAGUCUCGAGUCCUUGGAGCGUGAGUUGAGGAGUGGAAUACGCGGGUUGCAAACAGAAUCAACCAUACAGGACACAACCGACAAAAUCGAUGAUUUGGUUAGCAAAGAAAAGCAGAGAGAGACCAAGCUCAUGAAGUACUUGAAGGUAUUGGUGAGUUCCUAUCUAAAUGCUUCACAGGGCACCCUGUCCAAGAGCUCGCUCCUUGAAAGUCUACAGCUAAUUGAGUCUUUGUUGAACAAUAUGACAUCUAGCCACACGGGUAAUGAGGUGCAGGACUUGCCGAUAGACCCCAGCGAACUUGUACUGAAUAAACUACUUCUUCAGUUGUUGAAGGGAGAGUUGAUCAAGGUGGUGAGUCCAGAUAGUAUCAGCAACGAUGGCACGGCCUGGCUUAGGUUGAGAGGAUAUGGGCUUCCUUCUGUGGAUAAUAUGGAAAAGUAG